AUGGAUCAAUAUAAUAUGUCAUUGACUUCAACGUUUUCAACUCUUCUUCUUCUUACAAAUCAUUCUUUAAAUGGAACAUUAGCAUCAUCAUCAUCAUCAUCAUCAUCAUCAUCAUCGGCGUCAUCGUCAUCAUCAAUGGGUAGAAAUACCCUUAUGCGUUAUUCUCAAGUUGUUUAUGUCGCCGCAUUAGUAAUUCUUGGUGUUUCUGGAAAUAUAAUAUGUGCCAUUGUCUUUUGUACUAAGUCAUUAAGACGUAUUCGUUCAUCAGCAUAUCUAUUUAUUUUGGCAUUAAUUGAUGCUUUUUUUAUUCUUGAUCUUUUACCUGGUAUGGUUCAUACAGCAUUUUUUAAUGAUCUAUAUCGUAAAGUUCAUUUUAUUUGUUAUAUUCAAACAUAUAUAUCAUUUGUUGCUUCAUUUUUACACAUAUGGAUGGUGCUUGUAUUUACAGCUGAACGAUUUUUUGCUGUAAAUUUUCCAUUAAAACAUAUGUCACAAUGUACACCAAAUUUAUCUCGUAUAGUGAUAUUAAUAAUAAUUGUACCUGCAUUUAUAUGUUAUAUUCAUCCAGCAUUUUUUGUAUCUGAAGUUGAUACUAAAGGACAAUGUCGAGAAAAAGGUGGUUAUGAACGUUAUUUAACUAAUCUUAAUAUGAUCGAUACAAUAAUGACAAUGUUUUUACCAUUUAUUCUUGUUUCAAUAUUAAAUAUACUUAUUAUAAGAAAAUUAUUUUGUUCAAAAGAAUUUCGUCAACAUGCUUUUGCUAAUGGUUCACGUUAUCAAUGUCGACGUACAUCAAAUGGAAAAAAACUUAAUUCAAAACCAAUAAAACGUAUUUCAGCAUCAUUAUCGCCAAUAACAAGUCUUCCACAAUCAAAUCCAAUAUUAUCAUAUCGUUCACAACGUAUUAUUCGUCCAUUUCGUUUAACAAGAAAACAGCAAACAUUAUGUUUAUAUCGAACAUUUACUAAUACUGAAUCGUCACAAACAAAUAUAAAUCAUAAUGAUACAAAUAAUAAUCCAUUAAAUGAACAACAUCAACAAUCAAUAAAAUUAAAAUCAACUUUUAAAAAAAAUCAAACACCAUCAUCAAAACGUCAUGAAUCAGCACAGCGACAUGUAUUAACUGAAUUACGUUUAACAAAAAUGCUUUUAGCUAUAUCAUUAACAUGUCUUUCGUUAAAUUUUCCAUCAUAUUAUCUUCGUUUUAUGUUUUUAUAUGAAAAUUCACAAGAAAGUUCAUCAUCAAAUAAAACUACUGCUAGUACUACUACUACUACAGCACCUGAAAGUGAUUUUGCUUUUUAUCGGGGUGUCAUUUUUCAUUAUAUGUCGUAUUUAAGUUAUGCAAUUAAUAUUUUUAUUUAUUUAUUAUUUGGUGGAAAUUUUCGUCGUGCUUUAAGGCGUCUAUUUUCAUUUACACCGUCACAUUCAGAAAGUUUCAAUACAACUUCACGUAAAAAAAUGUUAUUAAAUAAUGAAAAACAAUAUGGAAAUAUGUCUGAUUAUGAUUCAAUAGCAAUGACAUCAACAUCAUUCAAUGAGUCUAUACGUGAUUAUUCCAAAAGCUUUAAAAUACGAGAACAACCUAGUUUAUGUCGUUCAUUACAGCAACAACAACCAAUUUUUAUAAGUUAG